AGAGAGAGAGAGAGAGAGAGAGAGAGAGAUGUGUGAUAAUCAGAUGGUACCUGUCUGCCAUUUCCAGUCAAACUGUCUGAGGAGAACCUGAAGAAUAUUCUGAGAGUUUGUGGAGAGAUAAGUCAUGAUGUCUGAUUCCAGGGUGUCCUCUGUCAUCCAGGAGUGGGUGAGCUCCUACCCGGGACAGGGCCAAGGCCAGGCCCUGAACCCCGUCUCCUCCAACCAGGCUGCCUCGGCCAACCAGAUGAAUCAGAUGGACAUGAUCUCGUACGGCCACCCUCAGGGGAUGAUGAGGGGCGGCGACGACAGAGUGGCGGAGCAGAUGAUGGGGCUGUCGUACCUGCCGUACACGACGUCCUGCCUCACCAACACCUCCAGCCCGUCCAGCACCAACCACCACCAGAGCAGCACUCAGCAGGACUUCUCCCCCUUCCUGCUGCCCACUCUGAGAGCCCCGGUGACCAAGAGGAGCAUCAGCAAGGACAGCGCAGAGUACCGGCUGAGGCGGGAGAGGAACAACAUCGCGGUGAGGAAGAGCCGGGACAAGGCCCGGCGGAGGAUCCUGCUGACCCAGCAGAGGGCCCUGCAGCUGCAGGAGGAGAACCAGAAGCUGCAGAUGAGGAUAGGACAGCUGACACAGGAGCUGGACACUCUGAAACACAUCCUGUCACAGCGACACCUGCAGGGAGCCGAGGAGGGAGCAGCAGGGGAGUCCAGCCUCUGAGCACAUUUCUUCUUGGCAUUAACAUCCAAUAAUAGUCCUCGGAGUCGUUACCGGUGCGUCCAGGCAGGCCUCCAAGACUCAAAGUUAUUCGCUUCUUAGUGCUCUUUUGAAAUGUUCACUAUAAAGGCAAACAUUUGUCACAAUUUGGGAAAUGGAAAGUGACCUCGAGGAGCAGAUCGAAAAUGAAUUAUUUUGAGUUGAAUGUAAUGUUAGGUAUGCAAAUGUUUAGUUGUUGUGUUGUAAAAUUGUGAGAAGAAGAAGUCGAACAAAUUGGCAGUGUUGUAGCUACUGCUGAGGUCAUUAAGGUCAUGACCUUCUCACUUUUUGGAGACAUUUGGGGGUUAAUAGCAAACUGGGUUACAUCCGACUGUACGAGCCUCCUUCAUUUCAUUUGCAAUAUAUGCCCAGCUUUACAAUUUUGCACAGCAGAAGUUUAGUUAAAAAAUUACAACCUCUCUCCGGUUGUUGAUUGAACUCUUUAAAACUCGUCUCUGUGUAUCAAAGUUAGACAUAGCACUUCAAGCAACUCAGUGGAAAGGUUAUUCAGAUUCAGACAACUUUGUUUAACCCCAGAGGGCAAUUCAUUUAGAUUUUUCUCUACUUUUUACCCCCCUAUAGAAAUCAGAGGAUGGAUACAAGAAAAUUUCAAGUCACUGAACAUCCCUCGGAAUAUAAAUCCGACAUUUAGAAAUUGAAGGAACACAAGGCAUGUAUGUGGUUAACAUGUAGAAAUCCAGACCUCACUUCAACGGAGAGUUUGUGGCUGGAUUUGAAAAUGGCUGUUCACGCUUUAUCCCCCAUGAAUAUGACAGAUCUAGAGCAGUUUUGCAGAGAAGAACGAGGUAAAAUGACAUGCAAAAUGCCACUUUUGGGGGGGAAUUUUAGUCCAAAAAGUAAAAUCAAAGUGAUCCAAAAUUUAAAAAAUAAGAAAAUUUCAGCAGUGGGUGAAUAUUUUUAUCAGACACUGUAACAGCAUUAAGAAAAUAGAAAUGUAAGUGGAGGGCCAUUAAUGCAAAAAAAAAAAGUGAAUUUAGGUUCUGUGAAAUAUGGCUAUAUUUAUAGACACAAUACUGGUGAAAACUGAUUCUUUAUUUGGGCAUUAAGUCUCUGUGGGGCUUCCAACACUUUACAAUAACCUGGACGGCCCUGUGAAAAUGAUUAAUGUAAAGUUUCACAUAUUUCAAAAAGAGUAGAUUUCUAAAUUUUCAAUUUUCAAGACAGAAAUGCUCGGAUGUAUUGGAUACAGGUUCUGUUUUACAGUUGCCACAGAACACAGAAAUCUUGUCAAAGUAAAAGUUAAAAAAGUCCCUUUUAAGAUCAGCAAGAAUAAAAGACAAACAAAAACAAAAAUAUUUAUUUGUCAGCCUUUGUCAGUUGCAAAAGUACAAGUUUUUUUUUA